UAAAACCAAAUAAUGCGCUUCUAAUUCAAGAGGAUGGCUAGUAGUUUGUUGAGAUUUGACGCUCAUAGCAUUUUAAAUUCAUUUGGACAUAGUACGACGUCGCUGUUCUAGAUAAAUAAUUCUUCUGGUUGGACUGUUCUGUUAUGAACCCCUUAUCACAGCAACAUAGUGUAGCUAGUAUUGGAAGCUUGUUGGGCAACUUGCCUUUACAAGGAGAUUCAAGCUUACAACAAAAAACUCCACUUAUUUCUGGGGGUUCAGUCAAUCUUAACUUACAUGCGUCUGACAAUGCCGCCAGUAUUCCAGGCAGAACACCUUGUACUCCGCUCACUUUAUCUACUCCGUUGCAAGACCGAGAUGGUGCAAUCCCGGUACCCCAAUUACAGAAUAUUGUAUGUACCGUAUAUUUAGGAUGUAAAUUAAAUUUGAAGAAUAUAGCACUUAGUGCUCGAAAUGCUGAAUAUAAUCCAAAACGUUUUGCUGCAGUUAUAAUGCGUAUACGUGAACCUCGAACAACUGCUUUGAUUUUUUCUUCUGGUAAAAUGGUGUGUACAGGUGCAAAAAGUGAAGAGCAAGCAAGACUAGCUGCAAGAAAAUAUGCUCGUAUUAUUCAAAGGCUUGGAUUUGAAGUAAUUCUGUCAUUGUAUUAUCUAUUGUAUGCAGUGUCUUUUUUUUUACCAUCCGUUUAAAUUUAUUUAUCAGGUACAACUAAUCACCAUAUACAGGAUGUACCAUAUAAAAUAUGUAAUUCUCAAAUUGAACUAGGUGGUCUUCAUAGAAGGAUAAUCCCUGAGCCUCUGACGUAAAGGUUUGAUCCGCAAGGUAGAUAUUAUGGCUUCCCCGAAAGUUUAUAAACGUUUAGUCGUAUAAAAGCAUUUCGAGGAGUAAAGCGGACUCUUCUCACCCUCAUCUGUUCCAGGGUGUUUCAGAGCAAUUUAUUACAUUUCUACAUAUUUGAAUUUUAUUUGCAGUUGAGUGGAUGUGUUAUAAAGUCACUCUGGUGUUCGAUUCGUUUUUUUAUUAUUUUGCUGUGAAAAUUGGUGUUUAAAAGUUAGCUGAUCAAAGAUCCUGUAUAACCAUUGCUUUUGCAUAGUAAUACCACUAACGAAAUAAUACCCAAGUUAAACGUAAAUCACUAAUUGGAAAACUAUUUGUUGGAAGGUUUGUAAACCAUCCUAGCUAGUUAAGCUUGUGUUACACACACUCAUCCACAACUCACUCCGAGAUACUAUGUUGGCUAACAUAGAAUGUAUGUCUCGAAGAGACUAGAUGCCAUCAAACUGAAAUGUCAUAAGGGUGGUGUGUGAUUUAUGCUCUAUUAAAAACAACUUCCACAGGGUUUAUGUAACUUGAUAUGAUUUAUUUUAACUGUGUUGAUUAGAUUGUCUGAAUAUCAAACAUUGAAAUAAAUAAUUCAGUAACCUAAUUACUUCCAUCGAAUAUUUUCGGUAUUAUUCUUUGCUAAUUAAUCGUAGGUUAAUAAUCCUGCUAAUCAAUUAAAUGUAAUGGACUAGGAAAUUAGUAAAGUGAAUCAAUUGUAGUCGACGAUUAUUUCACAAUCGGAAGUGACAUUGAAGCUACUCACAAUUAAUUUAGUAGUGAAAACGGUAGUUUCGUUUUGUCAUCCAUCCAUACCCUUUUUUUGAUCUCACAUAAUCCUUGUACUGUCUUACUCCAUAAAGUUUGCAUCAUGGCAAUAAUCAACUAUAAUUUAUAUUCGUUUAUAAUGUAAGUAAUAUGUUUCAGGCUCAUUUCAAAGAGUUCAAAAUUCAAAAUAUGGUUGGUUCAUGUGAUGUCCGCUUUCAUAUACGUCUUGAAGGUUUAGUAUUGUCACAAGGUCAAUUUGCAACAUAUGAGCCAGAAUUAUUCCCUGGGUUAAUUUAUCGUAUGACUAAACCAAAGAUAGUCUUAUUAGUCUUUGUUUCUGGGAAGAUUGUUUUAACAGGAGCAAAGGUUCGUGAAGAAAUUUAUGAAGCUUUUAAUAACAUUUAUCCAAUUUUGAAAAAUUUUAAAAAAUCUGACAAAGAUCCUAGAGCUCUCACAUCAUCAUCAAAUUAUAUGCACCCAUUAACUUGAACUAAAUAUAAAUGAUCAGUUGUUUUUCGCCAGGAUGUUUUUUUUUCUUACUGUCUUUCUUACUAAGAUUUAAAGUAAACCGACAUCGUAAGAUACUUUUUUCUCAGCUUUUACCAACUGAAUUAGUCAUACUAACAGCAUUAAAAACUAACUCUAUGAAACAACAAAUUGUAUAUUUUUUCAAAAUUCAUGGUUUAUUUGAACAUUCUACAUAUGAAGAUUUUCUGUGCAUCCCUUACUAUUUUUCCAAGUGUUUCUUUAUUAUCUGUUGACAUUUAAUUUUUGACGUCAAUAGUUUCUGAGUAUUGUAUUUGCUGUCAUUGUGUAUAUUAUAAAAUUAGUGGUAUUAUUACUA